AUGCCACCACUUCUCUUUGAAACAAAUAAAGGUGACCAACUUACAUAUUUAUCUAAACAAGAUGUAGAAAAACGCGUACAAAGUGGUCAAAUGUUAAUAAUAUAUAACAAAAAAGUUUAUAAACUCAAUAAAUGGAUAAAAUAUCAUCCCGGUGGUGACCUUGCCAUUAUUCAUAUGAUAGGCAAGGAUGCGACGGAUGAAAUUAAUGUUCUUCAUCCAGAAUAUGUUACAAAGAAAAAAAUUCACAAUUUUUACAUUGGAGAAUAUAAUGAAGAACAAUCGAUAUCAAAUUCAUUUAAACAAUUAGAAUUGAAAAUUAAAGAACUUGGAUUAUAUCAAUGUAAUUAUUGGAAUUAUUUUCUUGAAGGAAUUAGAUAUCUUGUGUUAAUAAUUUCAGCUUGGUUAUUGGUUAUUUAUGGUACUCAAACAAUUCAUUAUAUUCUAAGUGCGAUAUUACUCGGAUUUUUUUGGCAUCAACUGGCAUUUACGGCACAUGAUUCGGGACAUAGUGGAAUUACUCAUAAUUUAUUAAUUGAUAAUCUUAUUGGAAUAUUUCUUGCGGAUUUUUGUGGGGGAUUAAGUAUUGCAUGGUGGAAAAGGAAUCAUUAUGUUCAUCACAUUGUUACAAAUCAUCCAGAACAUGAUCCUGAUAUUCAACAUUUACCAUUUUUUGCUGUUUCAACAAAAUUUUUAAACAAUGUUUAUUCAACAUUUUAUAAAAGAAAAUUAGAUUUUGAUAUAUUUGCUAAAUUUUUUAUUUCAUAUCAACAUUAUUUAUAUUAUCCAGUAUUAUGUUUUGGUAGAUUUAAUCUUUAUUUUUUAUCAAUUUCAUUUUUAAUUAAUCAAGAAAAUGUGGCAUUUCGUAAUUUAGAGAAAAGUGGAAUGAUAUUCUUUUGGUGUUGGUACUUUUAUAUGUUAUCACAUAUUCCAUCAAUUCCAAUUAUAAUUAUAUUUAUUAUAUUAUCACAUGCUAUAACAAUGAUACUUCACGUACAAAUUACACUUUCCCAUUUUGGAAUGUCAACGGAAGAAUUAGGACCGAUUGAAUCAUUUCCUAGAAAGAUGACUCGUACCACAAUGGACGUGGAUUGUCCUUGGUGGAUGGAUUGGUUUCAUGGAGGAUUACAAUAUCAAACUAUUCAUCAUUUAUUUCCAAGAGUUCCAAGACAUAAUUUAAGAAGAUGUCAACCAUUAGUUCAAAAUUUUUGUAAAGAAGUUGGAUUAAAAUAUCAUUUAUAUGGAUUUAUUAAAGAAAUUUAA